AUGUCAGAGCAAGAUAAGCAACAACAUGAAUUGCAUCAGCAACAAUCAAUCGAUAAAUUAAAAGACAGUACUGUAGUAGAACAACAACAACCUUCACCGCAGUCAACCACCACUACUACUACAGCUGCUGCAGCUGACGAUCAACAUCAUACAUUUCUAAUAUCAUAUCAUAAAAUAGAAGAGUAUCUAAAGAAUUGGGCACAUGAUGUAACAUUAAAAUGGAGAGAAAGAUUACAACAACUAAAAGACAUUCUACAAAAGUAUUCUCAACCAAAUAUAAUGAUAGACAUACCACUAACAAUAGAUGAUCUAGAUGAAGAUUCACUCUAUCCCCAUAAUACUGUAGAGGGUGAUCGAUUAUUAAACACUUAUACAAUAGCUGAAUUAAAGGAAUAUUUAAAUCGUUUUAAAAUUAUACCUGCUCUUGAAGCCAAAGGAUAUAAAAGGAUUCAAGUUGUACCAGAUUUCUCAGAUUCAUUUGUUCAUCGUAUCAAGAUAACCGAUGAAUCAUUGUGUUUAUCAGGUGAUUAUGGUCCCAAUAAUUUGUUACUCGAUUGUUUUGUAAGAAGAAAAGAUAUCUAUCUAUCUGAUAUUGAAUCCGAUAUAAAGAAUGGUGGUAGUAAUAUUUCUUCUGAUAUCUCUGAUCGAAUACAAGUAACAAGUACUACAUCACCAACAACAACAACACCAAACCCAACUCAAAACUCUAUCGAACAACAACAAUACUAUCAAUGGAGGGGACAAGACAAUGAUAAUAGUUUAACGAUCAUAUCGACAUUGAUCAACUUUCCAAUCAAAGCAAGUGUCAUUGAGUGGCUAUCACUACAAGAUCCACAUCAAACAUUUACCAACUCUAGACCACCUCUGCCAUCCCAAAGAUUCCCAGGUCUUGGUAUAGCAAAGCAAAUGGAUGAUUUGUUUGUAUUCAUGGCAUCAAAGAGUUCAAGAGACUGCCUAUUAAAUACCCCUUAUAGAUUCUAUAAUGCAUUUAUGUACCAAGCAAGAGAAUACUUUUUUAUAGAUCCAAAACAACAAUCAUUCUUUCUCACACUUCUCAAUGACCUUGAACCUGCGAUUGUAAAGUUUGGAUUGUCACCAGUUGCAUGGGCAUUUGAAUUUGGAUGUGUAAAAGAGAUAGAGACCAAUUUACCAGUCAAAUGGGAAUUCCAUAAACAAGCUAGACCAAUUUCACAGAGGAUGAAGCAAUACUUUUUAUCGGAACCUUAUAAUACCUAUGUUCGAAGGAAAUUUAUUGGGGGCAACCACGAGACACCCCCAAAUUAUUUGAAAAACGAUGGUGGUUUUGCAUUAUUAUUAUUCAAACAAAAACAGAUCGAUGAAAGAAAAGUUAUUAAUAUCAAUCUCCAACGGGAGAAACUUAAAGAAAAAGAAGACUUGGAUCUUAGAAUCUUUUAUAUUGUAUGUAUUGAUGUUGAGUUGGUUGCGGUCAAUAAUAUUGAUGACGGUGAUGAUGAUGAUGAUCAACUAAUAAUUGAUAUCAAUUACUACAGUGAAAUUAACGAAGAUGUAUACCCUGCUGGUGAUUUGGAAUUAAAAGUAAAGACAUGGGAGAUGUUAUCAAAAGGUGAAAGUUUUUGUUUUCUUCAAAUACCUCUAUCACCAAUUACAAAUGAAAUCAGAUCAAAUAUGACAAUGUCAAGUAGUAGUAGUAGUAGUAGUAAUACUACCACUAACACUACUACUACUACUGCCACUACCAUAGAUACACCUCCUCUAAUAUCUACAUCAUCAACUUCAUCAGCAUUGACCUUGUCAACAUCAAUGUCGACAAUUAGAAAAUCAUUUGUCUUGAAGAACAAAAAAGGUGAAGACACAAAUUCUGAAUUGACUAUAACAUUUGAAUUGAUUCCAGAUCAAGAAACUACUUCUUUGAAAUCUAUACCAUUAUUAUUCAGAUGGUUUCCAGAUCUACCUCAUAUUGAAACGGUGAUGAGUGAAUUUUAUUGUACUAAAGAAUCUAAAAAAACAAUAUCAAUGUCACACAAUGGUACAAUAAGUCCAAGUCAUCUUGCCAAGAAUAAAAAGACAAUGAUACAUUUUAAAGAUAUAUUAAAGAUUAAAAAAAAGAUUGGAUCAUUUUAUUUACCAAAUGCCAUCGAAGUUAGAACAACUCAAAAGAGAUAUUUAUUUGCAUCUUUUAUUCAUCGAUCAAAGGCAUUUUCUAUAUUAAUCAAUCAAUGGAAUGUUCAUGGUGGUCCUGCAAACUUGGGAGAUGCAAAUAAUCAACCUGAAGAGGAUGAUGAUGAGGUUGAUGAUACCGAGUUGAUAUCAAUCAAUCAGCAGCAACAAGACCCAAGAAUUCAAUCACUGGCAAAUAGUGGUUCUCAAAGACCAAUUUCACCACUUCGACAUAUUCAAUCAAUCUAUCCAAACAACGGACCUCUAGAUUCUAUUAUGGAUUUAAACAAUUCAACUUCAUCUACUUCCUCUUUUUCUAGUUCAUUAUCAAAUUCUGGAUCUUCAACAACAACAACAAGUAAAAGAAGACUAUCAAAUAGUCCAAGUGUAAUUACAAAUUCUUCCUCCAACUCUUCUUCAAAAUUAAUUACUCCACCAAAUUCAUCGUCACCUUUGACCAUUGGUGUGACCGACGACAAUAACAAAAAUGUUGUGAAAUUAGUGGUAGACAUUGAAGAUUAUGAACAAUUUGGAUGCAAUAAUACAUUUUCAGUAAACAUACUUGUAGAUAGUACGGUUGGAGAGUUUCUCAACAAAUUGAAAUCAAAAUUUGCUCCAAAUGAUUCAUCUUUUCUCGAAAACUAUGUGUUGGCAUUGCCAAAACACAGACAUAAAAGAAACUCACUCAAACAAUCAUCGGGAAUUGACAUAUCGAUCGAUCAAUUAUUCAAUCCAACGCAACAUCAACAUAUUCAAUUAUCAACCAUUUCAAAGGAAAUUAAUAAUAUACCAACCAAUAGUGUCAACAUUUAUCACAAACAAAAGAUAAUUCAACAGCAGCAGCAGCAACAACCAACACCACAACCAUCACCGCAACAAAAAGGAAAUAAUCAAACAAAAUUAUCAUCCAAUACAAAGUCUAAUAGUUCUGGUCAAUUAACUUCUCCACCUCCUCUUACCACAACCAUUAUUCAAGACAAGGAGAAAAAGUUUAUCAUUUUGGAAACUAAAAAGAAACUUUCAAGUUAUAACCUAUCAAAUCAAGAAAUUAUUUAUCUAAAAUCUCCAAGAUUUAUAAAACUUGCAAAGAUUUGUUUUGAAUUAAUUACUAUUGAUCAAAAAUCAAAAUGUAUUUAUUUAGAAUUAGAUUUAAAUUGUAAAAUUGAAACUAUUUAUGAAAAGUUGGCACCAAACCUACAACAACCACAACAAUCAUCUUUAAGAGUUUCUAAAAAUAUUCAAGAAACUCAUUUUCUUUAUGUACCAAAGAAUGCAGAGAGAGGAAUUGUAUUGGAUGGUGAACGAUCAUUACGUGAAUAUCAUAUAGUACCCAAUGAUACUAUUCAACUCAAACCUUUCCCAACCUAUAAAUCAUUUUCAGAAAAGUUUAGAGUAAAUUAUGAUAGGUCACAAAAGAAUUUACUUUAUGAAUUGGUUCAAUCAUGUAUGAUUCAUGCAUUACCUUCUAGUUUAAAUAUGAUGAUGUCAUCAUCUAUUAUAUAUGAUGAAAGAAAUAAUCCAGAUCAAUUUUUAAAGUAUUUCCGACAACAGUGCUCGAUUGACGAUCUCGAGGAAAAGAUAAUUACCAAAAAUGUGAUCAAUAACAACUUUCACGAUCAAGGUCUAUUGAUUGAAUUAAAAGAAAGACUAGAAUUAUUGGCCAACCACAAUCACUCGUCAUCUACGUACAGCGGUACUUCAACAAGUGAUUAUCCAUACAGCGUAGAGGCAUUUGGAGGUUCUGUCGAACAAUAUUUGGCAUGGAGAAAUACUGCAAGUCAUCAAAUUGCACACAUGAUGAGAUCUAUUAUAUUUAGAGAAGACUAUUUCCAUGCAGACCUAUUUGUCUCUAUUCUCCAAGUUGAUGGUCUUGAUUCAACCGAUUCUGAAAAUAUGUAUUGCAUCAUUUCAAAUUCUGUUUCUCAUAAAAUUAAAUCAACUCUAUCAAAUCAAAAUCAAUGGAAUAAUCAAUCUUUUUAUUUAAAACAAAAAAAACCAAGAGGUAAAUUGGAUAUAUAUUUAAUGCGUUAUGAACCCGAUCAACCACAUGAUCGUUUAUUAGGAAAGAUUGAAAUUUCUCUCAAAGAUUUGGAAGAUUGUCAACUAAAAGAUUCUUGGUACUCUCUUCCUUCUAGAGGUAGAAUUCAUUUACAACUUGAAUAUCAUUAUCAAUUUUAUAAAUAUCAACUAUUUUUAAAUAAUAUUUUAGAAAAAAUUGAAAAGGAUAAUAUUAAACAAAAAAGAAAUGUUGAUCCAAAAGAGGAGGAGGAAGAUGAGGAGGAAAAGGAGGAAUUUGAAAAUGCUGUUAAAAAAGUGAUAUGUCCAACAAAUCAUGUAGUAAUGUACAAACAGUUAUUGGCAUCUAUAACACAAUAUUGUACAACGGUUGUAGGAGGAUCAUGGACUAAUAACUCUUUGGCAAGAUAUCUAUUAAAUCAGUACAGUGUUAGAUUUGGAGUUUGUAAAUCAUCAGUCACUGUAAUGCAUUUGGAAGAGUUGACACAAAAAUAUGACCCAUCAAGUAUUAAUGACAUGUUAGAGUUGGAAGAAUUAACCUCUACCAUUAAUACCAUCUUUGAAGUAAAGAUUGAAUACUUUACUCUAAUUGAAAGUACUGCUCUAAAAUCAAUCCUAUCAACCAUUUACAACAAAAUGAAUUAUUCUAUCGGUAGAUAUUAUGAAACUUUUCCAAAUAAUCAACCAAGAGGAUGUUUAGAUAGUUUAGUAAAAUCAUUUGAAAAUAUAAUUACUACAUUUAAUAGAUUUUUACCAGAUGGAAAUGGAAAGAGAAAAUUUGCAGUGGUAGUAUCACAGUGUAUCCAAGAUGAAUCUAGAAGAAAAUUCAAAGAGAAUGUACAAGAAAUGGGAUUUAUGAGUUUGGAUGUCAAAUCAAAAAUCAAAGAUGCACCAGAGAUUACAAAGAUGUUGAUCGAAUUGCUAUCAAUUAUACAAGAUGAAAUCAAUAAUACUCUUGUCUAUGAAUCAGCAUUCCCUACAAUGGAUAUCAAGAUCACAUGUGAUGUCAUUGAUGCAUGGGGUAAAUGUAUUGUAGAAAUAAUUGAAGAUUUCUGUAGUUGGGCACCAUUCAACAAGUAUAUCCUCCCUCUAGUUAAAAAGUUAUUAGAUUAUUAUGAUAUGACAAAGAAAUUGUCGGCUGAAAGAUUCAAACCUCUACCACUUAAACAAUUAUUUAUUACCUAUGUAUACAAGUUAUUAAAGGAAAUUAAAUCAAAUUUAAAUUCAACCAUUACAGUUUCAAUUAAAAAUGAUGACAAGAAAACUCAAAUGUCUUUAACCAAAGGAUAUUCAUCUUCCUAUGUACAAUUUUAUAGUGCAUGUGAUAAUGCAAUUAAAGAUUUUGAUUCAUUGUUAUGGUUACCAGAUGCAUUUAGUUAUGUACAACUAUUGGAAUUAAUGUCAUCAGAGAUUGUUAGAUAUGCAACCACUAUAGAACAAGAAUUUGAACAUUUUAUUUCACACACUGAAAUAGAAGAUGCCACCGGAUCAAAGCCAAACAUAUUUAUACUCAACGCAGAACCUUGUCUAAUGAUCAAUAAUAUUGAUGCUACCAAAGGAAGAUUGGAAUUAUAUUUUACCAGGAUAACAGAAUCCCUAUCAAAACAUUUUACACGAGAAUUAGCAACUGCCUCGCCAACACCAUCUUCACCAAAUGAUGAAACAACCAGACAAUGUGUUGAAUCUUCACUACAACUUUGUUAUCAAGAUAGUCUCUCUAUUGUAAAUUCACUUUUUGAUAAAUCUUUGGAUUUUCUAUCAAUUAGAAUUAAAGUUUAUAUUUUCCAUUGUUUCCAAGAUGUUUUAUUUAGUGAUGCAUUAUUACAAUUUAUUCAAUUAUCAAAUGAUCAAAUUCAACAGCAACAACAACAACAACAAGAAAUUGAACAACAACCUCAACUUCAAACCAGUGGAACAAACUCACCAUUUUAUGAUCCUGUUUCUACAACUGCUGCCAUUAACAGUGCUAAUGCGGCAUCUGCAAUCAUCAUCAAUAAUGUAAUCAUGAAUAGAACAAAGGAAAAUAUCAAAUUUGAAAAGGCAAUCCUCACUCCAAUCAAAGAAUUUAUUUGUCCAAUGAUUGAACAAUUGUUUGGAAAACUAAAAGAUACAAUCUUUAAAUUAUUUGUUAAAAAAUUAUGGAUUGAAACUAUGGAUGAAUUAUUUUAUUUAGUUGUACCUAGAACUAUAGAAUCAAAGAAAUCAUAUCAUGUUGAUAGAAAAGUAACAACUGUUGAUCAGAUUAAUAUUAUUCAUAGUUGCAUCAAGGAAAUGUCUACGAUUUUCCAUCGUGGUGGCUCUGGGUGUCCAAGUCCAAUUUUAGAUGAAAAAGCAGCUCCCUUUAAAUCUCUAUUACAACUUUCGAUAAAGGAUACAACCUAUUUGAUUGAUAUUUACAAAAUCAAAGAAAAUCAACAGGCCAAACUCAAAGGAUCAAUGACAUCUUCAUCAUCUUCAUCCUCAUCGUCAGCCGUACAUAGUAGCAUAACCGUCGAGCAUAUAUUGGGAGUUAUUAGCACUAGAACCGAAGAAAAAGAAGCCAGAGUAUUUUACAACAAAAUCAUGGGAAUUAUUGACCCAGAGGAACAAGCAACCAACACGGAAAUGGUCGAAGAAGUUAUCAAUGUAGUUCCAGAGUCUGAAUUUAUUAUAGAUAAAUAUACAUGUAGUUAUAAUGGACAGAUUGGAGUAUUGGUAAUAUCAAGCAGGUGUAAAAAUUGGUGGAAAGAUUUCUUUGCCAUUGGUUGA